CUGGUCUCCUAGCAACGCCUGGAAGCGUUGUUGACAUCCGGGGAGGCGGCGGCGCCGGACUCUCGCUGACCGCGCCAUGACAGAGGUGGAAGAAACUCUCAAGCGUAUCCAGAGCCAUAAAGGGGUUAUUGGAACCAUGGUUGUAAAUGCAGAAGGAAUUCCGAUCCGGACAACCUUGGACAACUCAACCACAGUCCAGUACGCGGGUCUUCUGCAUCAGCUCACGAUGAAAGCCAGGAGCACAGUCCGCGACAUCGACCCCCAGAACGACCUGACUUUCCUUAGGAUCAGGUCAAAGAAACAUGAAAUCAUGGUAGCUCCAGAUAAGGAGUAUCUUCUGAUCGUCAUUCAGAAUCCGUGUGAGUAGACCUGCCGGGGCAGCCAAGGCAGUCCUAGUGACACUGCGUUGGAAACAAUUCACUAUUUGAUGAUUAUUAAAAUUAUAUUCCAACCCACCUGA